GUCAAACUCUUAACUCACUACCACCAUGGACGGUCGUCGUCAGUCCGCACGACUCAAACCUUUGCCUCAGAAGACCUUUAAUCAGGACAACUCCGAAUCUGACGAUGAGCUGCGGAAAGAGACGGGAAGGCGAAAGAGAACAUUGAAACAGAUGAGGGAUGAGGAGUCAUUCAGGGGAGGAAAUGAUAUAGGUUCCUUGCCAAGUCUUGUCCUCUUGAAAGUUGAUUUUAAUCUUCUCCAGGGUCAUCACCGAAAAAGAAACGCGCGAAAACUUCAACUUCUUCAACCUCUGGAAGGGGGAAACUUAAUUUACUUCCAACUAUGCCCAUGGAUGUUCUUUACACAAUCUUCAGCUAUCUCCCACCCAAAUCCUUACUCGCCCUCGCGAAAGUGAACCGUAUCUUCCAUAAAGGACUGACAUCACCCGGCAUUAUGUUCAUCUGGGCCAGAAUCCGUAAAGCUUGUAAAGCUCCCGAUCCAUUCCCCGGUGCGCUUUCCGAACUAGAUUGGGUUCGAUUGUUGUUUGGGAGUAAUCAUUGUAAGGAGUGCGGUAACAAGGGCGUACAGAACAUCAACUUCAUUCUCCAUAAGAGGAUAUGCUUUGCAUGUGUGAAACGGGCUGGGGUGAGCAAAGGUCGAUUCAACCAUUCUUAUCCCGGAGUAGAUAAGGGUGUACUGGAUCUAAUCCUACCGACUGAUGGUGGUCACAAAACCGGUCAUACUCAGUACUACAACAGAGAUGAAAUCAACCGGGUCUUGUCGAGUCUCAAUGCAUGCCAAAACCCUGAAGAACUCGAACAAUACAAGGAAGAGCGGAGAAAGUAUCUAGAGCGUCUGAAAGUGCAUGCCCAGGUUUGCAGUCGUUGGGUAUACGAUGAUCAAGAGAGGCAUGCGGAGGAUGCGGAGAAUGUACGGGCGGCCCAUUUUGAGGCUAUCAGUUCUCGACUCGUUGCGUUGGGCUACACGGAUAAGGACAUUCUUGGGGUGAAAAAUAUCUCAUGUGUUUACAAAGAUCAGCUCCUUACUAAUCAUGGAUGGGCUAAAAUCAAGAAUGAAGUUUUGGAGACAGUGCUGUACUAUCGAGUCAUUCGGCUGUUGGAUGAGCAGACAGAAAUUGUCACUUCACGGUGCGGAUUAAUCGCCCAAGGUUACACCAACUACAAGAAAUCUUUGAAACCAGAAGAAUGGCACCUUCUUCCAUGUAUCGAGACCGUCUGGCUUUUCCCUUCGAUGGCAGCCGUACUCGGACUCCCUGACAGCGUUAAUGUGACCGAGGAUGAUCUGGCAGGACCGUUAUCCUCACUACCAGAAGAUUUAAGAACGGAAAUGGACAAGAUCCUGGGAGCCAUCGCAUAUGGUUAUCGAAUCGCCAAUGCCGUGGCAUGGGCCUGUCAGCCCUACAGCCCCACAGGACCAACCGGAUUCAGCGACUUUGUCGAAUCAUUCGCCGGCCAUCGUUUAUGGGACGGACCCGCUACUGUACAAGCAAGGUGUUUUACUUGCGAUUCUGUUUGUACCUCCGUGCAUACUCUUGCGCGCCACUUAACUGGCCCUUGCAAACUUCAAAAUGCUCGAGCUGGAGGGUCCGUGCCCGGCUUGCGUGUGGGGUUUGACGUUUUUUUCUCUCGUUCCUCAGCAUGUUUGGUUUGGGCUACGGGUUUGGAUAUCGCGAAGGCUACAGUGCAUGAUAUGGAUGACCGUGGGGCUUUUUAUCAGUGCUUGAAGUGUCCUACUCCAUUUAUUGGAACAUGGCGAGAGUGUAUCCUACAUGCAUUCGAACGACUUCCUACUCAAUAUUGCAGCCAUGAGAAUAUUUUUGAUCAAGGCCUAGAUGAUCCCAUUUUUAAGGUUCUCGAUGACGAACCGUCGGAUUCCAGGAUUUGUUGGACUUGUAAUCACUGUGCCGCCCACGUAGAGGAGCUUGAAACAAGAGAAUCUGUUGUAGCGCACCUUCGGGAUCAACAUGGUAUAACGGAACCUCAUGUUCCGAAAGACUUUUUCUACAUUGAUCGAGUAUCGCACAAUGAUUUGUAGACGCGGUCUUGCCAACUGGAAUCUGCUUUCCCCCUCAAUUUGGCAAGUAUCACAUACACGUUGCUAUCAAUCCUACUUUCCUUGUCGAUGUCACUUCGGACGGC